CUGCUGGCAGUCUAUGCACGCCAGCGUAGCGUAAUUCAUGGGUCAGCAAAUCUGUUACCAUACACACAAUCCCGGAAGUUGGGGGGUUUUGCUCUUUGCUAACUAAUCGGUACCGCCCUCGAACCCUGCAAGUCUUUGUUCGGGGAUGCGUUUCUAUGCGCGUCGAGGUGGCCAUGUAUUCUGUGGGCCAAGAUGAGAAUACCCCUGCCAAGGAUCAUAUCCCUUGACCACGUUGGCAGAUCGGUGUACAGUAUGAACCGAAAAGCAUAGGUUUGUAUUCGAGUUGCACGGAACUGAAUCGUGCUGACCUCGCUAGAGCAUCAAGGCCGGUCAAGGCUGCCGUAUUUAUAGGCUGCCCAACUUAGCGAUCUUUUCUUCACCACACCCAGCAUCAUGAUCUGCUCAAUCCGCCUUCUCACCCUCUUCGCCGCCCUUGUCACUGUGACGUCGGCAGGCCCGCUCGAGAAGCGGGGUCUAGUCACAGUGCCCAUUUCCAAGUCGGCGCCGUCGGGCCAUAAAGCCCUUGGCCACUUCGAGCGCAGGCGCGCCUCAGAGUUCCUUGCCGGCCGGUACGGCAAGGGCAUUUCUGGGUAUCAAGCGGGCACCACUGCGAGCAACACUGCGAGCAACACUUCGACGUCGAUCGGCGUGGCGAAUGCACUGGAUACGUACACCAUGCAGGUGCAGGUUGGGACCAACAAGCAGUCUUUCAACCUUUUGAUCGAUACGGGCUCGAGCAACACUUGGGUCGGCGCGGCGACGAAGUACAAGCCGAGCAGCUCUAGUAAGAGCACGGGCGAUAGUAUCACUGUCUCAUACGGCUCUGGCAUGUUCAAGGGGAAAGAAUACCUUGACACCGUCAGCCUCGGAAAUGGACUCGUGAUCAACCAGCAGUCGAUCGGCGUAGCCACCAGCUCGCAGGGAUUCGAAGGCGUUGACGGCAUCAUCGGUAUCGGCCCUGCCGACCUGACCGAGGACACUGUCAGCCGGACGACCACCGUUCCGACCGUGACGGACAACUUGCUCUCGCAGGGAUCGAUUGCCCAGGAAGUGAUUGGGAUCUACUACGCCCCAACCACUGAGAACGGCGCUAUUAAUGGCGAGCUGACCUUCGGAGGCGUCGACACAUCCAAGACGACCGGUGCUAUUAACUACGUGCCCAUCACCGAGACCCAGCCGGCGGGCCAGUACUGGGGUAUCAACCAGACGAUCUCUCUUGGAUCCACUGAGCUCCUCUCCGCUGCUGGGAUCGUCGACACCGGCACGACCCUCGUGCUCCUCGCCACGGACGUGUUCGAUCAGUACAUGCAGGCGAUCCCUGGGGCAACGAUCGACCAGAACUCGGGGUUGCUCGAGAUCCCGGCGAGUCAGGUGAACAGCCUGCAGACGCUCAACUUCCAGAUUGGAGGCGUGACAUAUCCCUUCACCGCGAAGGAUCAGGUGUUGGACCAGGCUCUGAACACCUUUUACGGCGGUAACGCGAGCGCGUUCUACUCCGUUGUGUCCGACUUGGGCAGCCCGAGCGGACAGGGACUAGACUUUAUCAACGGGUACCUUUUCCUUGAGAGGUUCUACUCUGUUUAUGACACGACGAACAACCAGGUUGGAUUCGCGACGACGGCCAACUCAUAGAUAACCGGAUUGGAGGGAGAGCAUACCAACAUUAAUGAUCAAAUGUAAAAUAGUCAAGGAAGAUACCCAGCCAUUCAUUUAUCCGCGCAUUUAUCCGCUUUUAGUCAAUUCGCAGCAAUGAAAUAC